AUGAUCAUCGGUGCGAUGUGUUCCACUGUGUCUCAAGCCACUGCCCAGGUGUCCUACUUGUGGAAUGUUGUACAGCUUUCACCUGCCUCGUCCUCUCCAGUGCUGUCCGACAAGGUUCGGUUUAAGACGUACCUGAGAACAAAUGCCCCAGAGACCGAGCUUAAUCCUGCAAAAGUUGCACUCUUCAGAGAGUUUGAAUGGUCAAACAUCGCCAUGAUUCACCAGACCUUAGAGAUAUUCUCCGUGGCUAAUGAUCAACUAAUUCCUCUAAUGAAGGCCGCUGGAAUGCAGCUGCUUGCUGUUGAAAUGAUCACCGUUGAUCCAGCAAUUCAGAUCCUCAAACUCAAGGAACGUGGUGCCCGGAUUAUUGUUGGAAGCUUCUAUUCUGAUAUGGCAGUCAGAGUAUUUUGCGAAGUGUACAAGGCUGGACUGUAUGGUCCUAAGUUUGUCUGGUUACUUCUCGGCUGGUACUCUGAGAACUGGUGGAAGGCCGUGCCGGUAGACUGCACGUUUGACCAGCUGGAGCAGGCUAUUGAUGGGUACUUCUCGAUCGAUCAGAUACAUAUAAACCCCAAACCGCAGGUGACCAUCUCGGGUCACACACCGCAGCAACUUCUAGAGAUUUACAGGAACUGGACAAAUCAUGAGAAUUUGCCUGGUUUGGAACUUGGACUGAAGGGCUAUGAUGGUAUCUGGGCAGCAGCUCUUGCCUUGAAUAAAACUGCAAGUGAUCUUGAAGUGAAUGGUACAGAGAGACUCGAAGACUUCACCUACAAGAAUGCAGACAUGGCACAGUUGUUGUUUAACAAUGCCAUGAAUAUUUCGUUUAUGGGAACACGUGGGAAGAUUUCCUUCGAUAAAAACGGCGACCUGAAGGCUAUGUACAAGAUCUCCAGAUUUCAAGGUGGACGAAAAGAAAUGGUGGGAUUGUACUAUUCAAAUAAGAUCGAGUGGUUGCCAGAGACACCAAUUGUUUGGAAAGGUGGACAUAUUCCUAAGGAUUCGGUCACAGUGAUAAGGAUCACACAGGCGCUCUCCCUAUCCUUGUACAUCGCUAUCUGCUGUGUGUCUGCUAUGGGAUUUGUACUCACCUGUGUGUUCUUGGCAUUCAACAUUGGAUACAGGAAAAGCAGGAUCGUGAAGAUGUCCUCACCUAACCUCAACAACGUCACCUUGGUUGGAUGUCUGGUACUCUACGGCACUGUCCUUUGGGAAAGCAAUGCUACGUCAACGUUUACGGCGUUCUGCCAGGCAAAACUGGUGUCACUGACUGUUGGGUUCUCAUUGGCAUUUGGCGGACUGUUCGCUAAAACAUGGCGAGUGUAUGUGAUAUUCACUCAUGGCACUAAGCAGAAAAAGGUUGUCAAAGAUAAACAGCUGCUGCUAAUGGUCUGUGGUCUUGUAACCAUCAACCUUUCCAUCAUCAUUGUCUGGUUUGUGAUCGACCCAUUCCAGAUUGUCGUACAACAGUUGCCUGUAAAGAUCAACGUCAUUGAUGAUAUCGAAAUUCAUGGAAGCACCACAAACUGCAACUCUCACAUGCAUAUCUAUUUCCUGGGCUGCCUACUUACAGUCCAGGGUAUCAUUCUGUUGUUUGGGGUAUUCCUGGCACUCCAAACACGGAAGGUAAAAGUUGAUGGUCUGAACGACUCGAAGAUGAUUGGUGUUUGCAUCUACAACAUCGUAGUUCUCAGUUUCCUCGGAGUCAUGGUGUCUUUGACUCUCAAAGCUGACUACGACCUUUACUACGGCAUCACGUCUUGCAUCAUAAUUUUGGCAACCACCGUCACGCAAUGUCUUAUUAUCAUGCCAAAAAUAAUUGGACACUUCAGUACAUCGCGAGUUGAAGAUCUUGGUGCCAGUAGAGUUGAACACAGCAAUGAAAUAAACACUGACGUUUCCACGAACCGACUACAUAAUGAAGAUCACGAUAUCCACACCGUUACCUUGGCGUCGACCGUGUCCCGGGCAUGAAUGACACUAGGGCAUGGCUGGUCAAUCAUAGACUUAUGAGGUGGUGGAACACAGUAUGGUCAUCAUGGCAAAUGUCUGAACUACAUAAUGAACAAUCGUCUGUCAAUUUAUCUCGUUCACACAGAUAUUUAGACGCCUUCUUAUUACAUAACAUCAUUUUAUGUACAAGACAAUCAAAUUUUAAAAUGUAUACUAUAAAAAUCAGUUAUGAGUUAAUCAGUGAUUCACAUCAGUAUCAAAAGGUUGUUUAUGAAGACAGCUUAUUCUUUAGGAUGGUAGCAUUCCACAAAAAUGUACACUGGAAGUGUUCACACAGGUGGAUUAUUUUUAUUUAUUUUUAAUUUAAAAAAAACAUUUGUUGGUGUGCUUUUGUUUG